GCGGGGUCUGCCUUUAAAGCCACGUGCAGGCUAGAAGCGGGCGCGGAGAGGCCGCGAAUGCAGCAGCCAGCGGCUGGGACGGGGGGAGCUGUCUCUUCCCAGCUAUUGGGGCUGGAAGAAAAACUUGUAGGCUCAGUGGGAGGGAGAGCAAUUUCUCGGCCGCUCAGUGGCUGUCUGUGAGAUCACCCCGAGGCGCAGGACCCCGGCCUGGGACCCUGCUCAGCGCUGGGGAUGGGGCGGGUGUUGGCUGUGGACUCUCAGCUGCUGCUGCUGCUGCUGCUGCGGGGAGGGAGCCUGGCAAGCGCAGCUCAGGAGGAGGCUCCGCGGGCCGGGGCUUUUCGCUGACCCCUCCCCAGCGUGCCGGGAUCGGCAGCGCCAGCGAGCAGCAGGGAGCUGCCCCGGCCGGAGCGCGCAGAGCAGCCGCCCAGGCGGGGCCAGGGGGCAGCGCGCCCGAUCGCGUUGCAAUAACCCGGCCCUAGUCCCUUGGCGAGAGGAGGCAAAGGGGGCUUCGGCCUCUGCCUGCUGCCGCCGGGAGACUCCCAGCAGCCGCCCCCAGCAUCCCGCCCCCGCGGGAUCCGGAGAGAGGAAGCCGAGGCCGGGGGAGCGGAACUCGCGACCCUCCCCCGCGCGGAGUCCCGGGCGCAGAGGAGCCGGCGGGGCGGGAGCGGGGAGCGGGGAGGGCUGCCUGCCUGGAGGCGCCUCCUCGAGCUGCUGCGUGGGGAAGGAGCCAAGGCGCAGCAAGAGCUGAGUGUGCAGGGAGCGCCCGGGAUCGGACUGCAAAGGGCGCUGCCUCCUGCCUUGGCCACGCGGCUGCCGGGCGCCGCGCAAAGUGCAAGAAAGUCGGGGAAAGUUACUGCCCGUCGAGGUCUCUCCGCCGUGCCGCUGCCUGCCGGGCGUGUGACACGCAGCACCGCUGCAGCGGGAGGAGGGCAGGGCUGGGACCUCCCUCCCUCCGGCGCAGGAGGAGACUCAGCCCGUGCUUUUUGCGGGCUGGGUCGCAUCGCACCCCCCAUCCCCUUGAUUUGCAACCCGCCCCCCAGCUACCGUUGGGUUCCCCAGCAGCGGGAGGAGGCUGCUCCCCGCCGGGGUAUGUGCGGGCAGCGGCGGGAUGGCCUCGGCCGUGUUUGAGGGCACCUCUCUGGUGAACAUGUACGUGAGGGGCUGCUGGGUGAACGGCAUCCGGAGACUCAUCAUCAAUCGGCGCGGGGACGAGGAGGAGUUCUUCGAGAUCCGCACCGAGUGGUCGGACCGGAACGUGCUCUACUUGCACCGGAGCUACUCGGACCUGGGCCGCCUCUUCAAGAGGCUGCUGGACUCCUUCCCGGAGGAUCGCCCCGAGCUCUCACAGUCCCCCCUGCUCCAAGGACUAAUCACAAUAAAAGAGGCCCGUGAUAUAGAAGCCAGGCUUAAUGAAGUGGAGAAGCUUCUGAAGAUUAUUAUAAAUAUGCCUUGGAAAUAUUCUAGAUCUGAAGUUGUCCUUACCUUCUUUGAAAGAUCUCCAUUAGAUCAAGUGUUAAAAAAUGACAAUGUCCAUAAAAUUCAACCAAGCUUUCAGAGUCCAGUUAAAAUAUCAGAAAUCAUGCGAUCUAAUGGAUUUUGUUUAGCAAACACUGAAACAAUAGUUAUUGACCACAGUAUACCAAACGGAAAAGACAAGCACCUGGAUGUAGAUUCAGCAGAGCACUUAACAGGAGCGGACACUGGCCUGUUACAACUUGUCUUUCGUGAGAGCUGGAUUGAACCAAGUGUGUGGAAAAAUGAAGGAUCCUUAGAGAAGUGAAAUCCUCCUAGGAGGUUUGAAACCGUUAGUGAGUUUACUUCAGAGCUAGAAGACACUGAUGAUCCAGCAGCCUACGUCACCAACUUGACAUAUUACCACCUGGUCCCAUUUGAGACGGAUAUUUUGGACUAAGGCUUUCCGGGGACGCAGUCAGCUAGCAUCCAACUGAUUUCUUUGCUCAUAGACUCUGCUUUCCCAUUGCUCUUCUAUGAAUAAAGCUGUGUGAUUAAAACCAGCAGAGCAGUUGCUGCAGAUAUGCCACGAAACUGAUUUUGCAGCUUAGCCCUUCAUUGUGACUCAAGGAGAUACCUUGCAAGGAAGUAACUGCUUCAAGAAACUCCUUUUUCCCUGAAAGGAAUGUAGCAAGAUCUUAGGGCUACUUGGAUCCAAGGAAAUAAUUUUUGCAAAGGCCAUGGCAACCACUACACUGACAAAACCAUAAGCGAUCGUGCUAUUGUUUGGCACCAGUGGUCACUGGUAUACAGUGCAACUUGUACAAAAGACUACCCUUAUUAGCAGUCACAACAAAAUAUCCCCAGAUGUACUGAGUACACUUCCACUCCACCUUUAGUAGAAGACCACCUCUGUUAAGCAAUCAACGUUUGUCAGUCCCUUUAUGUGGUCACUUGAGACAGGUCCCAUAGUUUGCUGUGUGUUCAGCUGUGAGAUAAGAGGUGCCUUACAUAUAAUGUUACAAAUACCAUAGAGUGCCUACAGGAAACCAAUGCGCAAUCUGAUUACUUUAACUCUGUUAAUCCUUGGGUGUUGUUUAAUCAUCCGAGAGCUGACUUCUUUCCUUUCCUUUCCUGAAAUAGGAGAGCAAACUGGCAUUGCAAUGGAAAGCUUAUAAUGCUGCAGUACCUUGAAUUACUUCAGCGUUCUGGAAAGCUGAUAGGAAGGCUAAACUGCCUUGCUAAGAAUGGUCAGUGCAUGCCAGGCACUUGGAUCUGGUUUUUCUCUUGGACCAGGAAAUCUGAGCAGUGCUUGCAGUUGUUUACACAAGAUGGAUAAUUACCUUUGCGUAUUACUUUCCAGAGAACGGGGAGAUUUAAGCUCUGUAGAGACUGAUAAUUAAAGAUAAACUACAGCUUAUUUUACGAGGACAGGAAAAAAGAAACCACCCCAGCUCAGAUAGUCCGCUUAACCCACCCCCAUAGACCUAAUGGGCCUGAUUCUGAUCUUGCCUACACUGGUUUCAUACCAAUGAAAUUCUAUUCACCUCAAUGGAGUUAUGCCAGUGUAAGAAAGGGCAGAAUCAGACCCUAAAGGCUCUUUACUACUGAGUAGUGCAAUGUUAACCUCUCUUAGAGCUCAAUCUUGUAAGUUGCUGAGCACCCUGAACUCCCAAUAUGAGCUCAACACCCUGCAUGGUCGGGCCGUGACCUUUCAUCAAGCAUUUAAUGUAGUAAUGGCCAGAAUUAAUUUAAAGAGAUAUGAACUGAGAAGAGUGCAUUUUGAGCUGGUUAUCUGUACAAUAGCUUUGCCUUGGUCCUGAAGAACUUGGCACAGCUCCUCUCCUGUAUACUCUUCAGUGCUCUGUGUAUAACAACAGUAAACAGAAUUUGCUAAUGUACAUAAUAAAUUAUUGAGAAUCCUAAUUCCUUUACACAGUAUGUUUUUAAAAUAUAUAUUUAAUUAAAUAAAAUA